AUGUCUAUUCGUUCGGAGAAAAGAAGCGCCAUAAUGGCAAAUCCUCUAGCAGAGCCGGUGGGUGAGACCGAAAUAUCUGAUGCUGAGAAACAAACACCUAAAAAGCCCGAGGCCCCUCCUCCUCCACCUAACGGAGGAGCUAUCGCCUGGCUUCAGGUUGCUGGUGCUUUUUUUAUGUUUUUCAACUCUUGGGGCGUCGUUAACACAUUUGGUGUGUUCCAAAGCUACUAUGAAGAUGUUCUUCUUUCCAAUUAUUCUGCCUCUUCCAUCUCUUGGAUCGGUACUGUCCAGGGGUUCCUUCUCUUCCUCGUCGGCGUGAUUGUAGGCCCAGUGUUCGACAGGGGCUAUCUCAAAAGCCUCAUUAUCAUUGGAUCGUUCUUCGUUGUGUUUGGUUUGAUGAUGACCUCGUUGUCGACUGAAUACUAUCAGGUCUUUCUUGCUCACGGUAUCUCCGUUGGCAUUGGAUGUGCAUUCCUCUUCCUGCCAAGCAUAGCUGUCGUCGCUACCUAUUUUACUUCGCGGCGCGCAUUGGCAAUGGGAAUCACUGCUUCUGGUGGUAGUAUUGGCUCUGUGAUUUACCCUAUAGUAUUUCACAAACUCAUCGGUCCCCUUGGCUUUGGCUGGACCACUCGCAUAAUUGCAUUUAUCGCACUGGCAGGCCAGGUUUUCGCCUGGGCCGUAAUGAAACGUCUUCUACCGCCUCCGAAACAGGCGCGGUCACUUCUUGACCUCGGCGCAUUCCGAGAACCACAAUUCCUCGUCUUUUGUUUUGCACUAUUUUUCUCCUUUGUGGGGCUAUACUUCCCUUUCUUCUAUCUACCGAGCUUCUUCUCCUCUUCUCUCCAUGCGAGCUCCAACAUAUCCUUCUAUAUAAUCGCCAUUUUGAAUGCUUCCUCCGUGUUCGGACGGAUCACGCCUGGCUUACUCGCUGAUCGUAUCGGUUCUUUGAACACAAUCAUUCCUAUCAGUCUGAUUGCUUCGGUCUUGUCAUUCUCGUGGAUCGCCAUUCACAAUGAAGCUGGUGCGAUUGUUUUUGCGUGUCUUUAUGGUUAUGCAUCUGGAGCAAUCGUCUCCUUGCCACCUACCAUAAUUGCAAGACUAAGCCCUAACAUGGCUACUGUGGGGACCCGCAUGGGGAUGUGCUUCACCUUUGCCGGCACCGGUCUGCUUAUUGGCAAUCCUAUUGCAGGUGCUUUGCUGGACUUAGAGAGCGCGAUGUUCUGGAAAGCUCAGAUUUUUACGGCUGUCAUGGUAGUAACGGGAUCGGCCUUUUUCAUGGUAUUGCGUCUGAUGAAGUGGAGAGAAGGUGCAGGAUGGAAGAUUUGA